CACGCCCUCUCAGCCUCGGGCGUCGGCGCACUUUCCUCCGACGCUCACAUGCGAGUGCGGACGCCCUUCCGCUGCUCCCCUCACCCGUGCGAGUACGAGAUCGCCUUUGUCUCCGACGUGGAGGGCGACCUCGACUACUUCAACCGCUGGGUGGCAGGCUCGCGCUGCGUGGCGUACACCGGCAGCGACGAGGCGGCGCUCACGCUCACGCACGCACGCGCGUAUUUCGUGUACGGCGGCGACGUGCCGGAUCACGGGCGCGGCAGUGAGCAGCUGCUCCGGCUGCUCGUCGGCCUGAAGCGCGCCUUUCCUCGCCGCGUCGCGCUGCUGGUUGGCAACCGCGACCUCAACAAGCUGCGGCUCACCUCCGAGUGCGCGCCGAGCGAUCUAGCGCGGCCGCACUGGUCCAUCCCAGCGCCGCACUGGGACCCCUCGGCGCCGACGCUCUCGCAGCAUCUCGAGCAGGUUGCAGCGGCGCGCGGCGGCGCGACGGCAGAGUCUUGCGACUGUGCCGCCGAGCGGCUGCGUUGGAUGUACGAGAACACGCUCGGCUGCCCGGCAACGUUCGAGGCGCGGCGAGCCGAGCUCGCGGCCUUGCGAAGCGUCGGAAGCGCCACCGGCGACAACGGCGGCGGCGGCGGCGGCGGCGGCGGCGCUGCGGUGAGCGACGAGGAGGUUGUUGCGGCAGCGGUGGCGGACGUGAUGCCGGGCGGUGCGAGGAGCAACUACUUGCGCCACGCCUUCUCGGAACCUUCUCGGAACCUUCCAGGAACCUUCGCAGGUGCGAUGAGCAACUACUUGCGCCACGCCUUCUCGGAACCUUCUAGGAACCUUCCAGGAACCUUCGCAGGUGCGAUGAGCAACUACUUGCGCCACGCCUGCGUCGCCGCAGUCUUUGGCCAGACUCUCUUUGCGCACGGCGCCGUCGACGCGCGGACCGCCGGGUACGUGCCGGACGACUCGACACGCUUCUGCUUGCCGGCGGCGCCGCAGGCUGGGCGGAUGGUCGAUUCCGUGUCCGAGUGGGUCGACGCGCUGAACGGACCACGCCGCCAGGCCCGAGUGGGACGCGAUGAGGGUGGUGUGAACAGCGUCUCUUCACACCCCCACUGCUGUGAAUA